AGUGACUUAUUGUUUUCAGUUUGGUUCAGUUGUGUGGUUGGGUAGGAGCUGACAGAAGUGUCAGCGUUUGCAGCGUCACUGGCCUACUAUUGUUGGCUUCAGCCAUGGGGUUUUUCAUAAGAUGGUUGCUGGUGUCCCUGCUAGUUGUAGGAGGGCAUCAAGCUAAUGCUUACAGAGCUGGAUCAGCAGCCUACUCUGGGAAGUAUGGUGACAAGGAAGUGCCAGUUCCAGGCUAUCAACCAUCAAGUAGCUUUGGCUCUAGAGGGGAACAACAGCAACAGGUGGCUGAGUCUGGUUACCUGCCCAGGCAACCUAGGUACCUGCCACGACAGCCACAGGUGGUAAGCCAUCUACCACAGCAACCCAGCUACCCACUCCAACAACCCCAGCAGCCUAACUACCUGCCCCAGCAGCCACAGGUGCCUCAGCAACCUAGGUACCCUUCCCAGCUGCUAAGCCAACUACCUCAGCAGCCUAGCUACCCACCCCAACAACCUCAGCAGCCGCAGGUGCCCCAGCAGCCUAGUUACCAGCCCCAGCAGCCGCAGGUGCCCCAGCAGCCUAGUUACCAGCCCCAGGUGCCGCAGGUGCCCCAGCAGCCUAGUUACCAGCCCCAGGUGCCGCAGGUGCCCCAGCAGCCUAGUUACCAGCCGCAGGUGCCGCAGGUGCCCCAGCAGCCUAGUUACCAGCCGCAGGUGCCGCAGGUGCCCCAGCAGCCUAGUUACCAGCCGCAGGUGCCGCAGGUGCCCCAGCAGCCUAGUUACCAGCCGCAGGUGCCGCAGGUGCCCCAGCAGCCUAGUUACCAGCCGCAGGUGCCGCAGGUGCCCCAGCAGCCUAGUUACCAGCCGCAGGUGCCGCAGGUGCCCCAGCAGCCUAGUUACCAGCCGCAGGUGCCGCAGGUGCCCCAGCAGCCUAGUUACCAGCCGCAGGUGCCGCAGGUGCCCCAGCAGCCUAGUUACCAGCCGCAGGUGCCGCAGGUGCCCCAGCAGCCUAGUUACCAGCCGCAGCGGCCGCAGGUGCCCCAGCAGCCAAGCAAACUGCCCCAGCAGCCUAGGUACCAGCCCCAGCAACCCCAGCGGCCGCAGGUGCCCCAGCAGCCAAGCAAACUGCCCCAGCAGCCUAGGUACCCGCUCCAAAAAACCCAGCGGCCGCAGGUACCCCAGCAGCCAAGCAAACUGCCCCAGCAGCCUAGGUACCCGCUCCAAAAACCCCAGCGGCCGCAGGUGCCCCAGCAGCCUAGGUACCCUUUCCAGCAGCGUAGGUACCCUUCCCAAAAACCCCAGCGGCCACAGGUGCCCCAGCAGCCUAGGCACCAAUCCCAAAAACCCCAGGUGCCUAGCUACCCUCCCAAGCAGCCCCAGUUUCCCCAGCAACCAAGCUACUCACCCCAGCAUUCUUGGCAGCCAAGCUACAAUGAUUAUCCAACUUUCACCAAAGGAGUCACUGCCCAGAUGGAUUCAAAUAGCUACAGCACCACUGGUGUUUAUAGUAAUAACAUUGGCAAUGGGUAUGGACUUGGAACAAAUCCAGAGGAGCAAUGGGCAGGGAACUACAACACUGCAGAUGCAUCAAAGACUGCUUUCAACUGAGCCAUUGUAUUGACUUGUCAAAUGCAAAUAAAGCUUGUAUCUCUAUGACUUGA